AUGGAUGUGGAUGUUGAGGUAAUACCAGAGGAGGAACCAGAAGACGAAGACCCUGAGGACGAACCUGAAGAGGCGUCGGAAGAAGAACCCGAAGAGGAGCCCGAAGAAGACCUAGAGAUGGGACCAGAGGACGCACCCGAAGGCGAGCCAGAGGACGAGCCGGAGGAGGAGCAUGAUGAGGAGGAGUGCGUCUGGACUCGAGCGCAGUUUAGACAUCAGGCCGCACUUGCAGCAGCUGAACCUCCCGUGGCCGAACUUGAUCCGGAGCCGGAGGAGUCACAGGCAGGGUACGACCCUAUGGAUGUGGAUGUUGAGGUAAUACCAGAGGAGGAACCAGAAGACGAAGACCCUAAGGACGAACUUGAAGAGGCACCGGAAGAAGAACCCAAAGAAGACCUAGAGAUGGGACCAGAGGACGCACCCGAGGGAGAGCCAGAGUAUGAGCCAGAGGACGAGCCGGAGGAGGAGCCUGAUGAGGAGGAGCGAGUCGAAGUUCCGGUGGAGUCGGGCAAUAUAGACAACCCGAUUGAGAUCGAGGCUGACUCAGAGUCCUCAGAUGAUCAGGCAGUUCAGGGGGAUUUCGACUCGGGUCCUGAGGAGUCGAACUCUGAGUGGACGCCAUCUAGGGCGCGUAGGGGCUAG